GAAAUUGAACAAAAAUCGGUUUGCUUGCGUGUUGAUUAGACGUUCUCUGAUUGAUCCGACACGAAUGUAGGCCGUGGGAAAAGUGAGUAACCAGUAGAGCGUGAACGAACUAAUAUGAGGUAGUGCUAAAAAUACCGUGCAUGAAAAACUGCUGCGCAUUUUUGUUUGCGUGUAAGGUCAUCGCUAUUAUAUAAUCACUAUAAAAUAGAAAAGCCUAAUGUCGCAAACAUUGCCCGCCACUCCACCGCCACCAGCUCUUGAUCCGCCAAGCAUUGCUAAGAAAUAUCUGCCGCCGCCCAAACAACAACAAUUGCCAACAUGUACCUGGGCACUGGAAUAUCCCGAGUUACAAAAAGCGUGUUUUCUGGCACGGGUAUGUGAGGACACGGCUCCACAACAUUGUCAGCUUCGCAAAGUGACCACUAUUCUACAAGAAGGGCCCACCUGUGGUCUAACUGCGUUAAGCAUGCUUUUGAAUGGUACACCAAAUCCUAGCGAACUCUUACAGAUUGCUAGGAAGCUUGGCUAUACAAACAAUGGCGAAAUGUUUAGUGCACAAAACUUUUUUCAACUUAUUUGUGAUACUCUAAAAUCGGCAAAUUCUUCUAUAGCCGAAGUGAUAAAAACAACAAAAGCCACAACGAAUAAUACAUCGGCCAAUGAAUGCCAUAUUACGUUGGCGGCAGCGCAUUGCGAGUUACACCAAGGCCAACUUGACUGUGCCAAGGUCAGAUCAGCAUUGCAGGCGGGUGCUUGCAUUUUUGUACCAUACGAUCCUGACUACAAUCAUUCACCUUGCCUAAAAUAUGGUCAUAAAGCUCAUUGGGCACUCAUCAUCGGGUACUUGGUAAACGAGAAUAAUCAGUUCUUUACAUUGGCGCGUCACGGAAAAGCGAAAAAUCUGGCAGUCUGGUCAAUGAGAUCUCUAAGUGAUAGUAAUGCCAAUCUUAUAGAGUUCGAACAGCCGAAAGGUUAUCCUGAUUGUGAUUUUCUACUACCACCCGGUGGUAUUGGCGGAGAUUUAGGUUUAAGAGAACGUGCCAUUAUUGUAAACAUGUUACCGCAAGAAAAUUUAUUUAUCUAUUCGAGAAAAGGAAGAAGUCCCUAACCUUAGCUGUUCCUCCAAUUAUACUCUGAAAUAUUAAGGUUUAUUUUCUACAAACUGCCAUGUUAUUUGCAAAAAGAAUAAAUGUAACCAAACUAAAGAGAAAAAAAUUCUAAUUACAAACUUAUCGCAGCAUUAAAACACGGAUUUUAAUUGGAACUCUUAAAUAGUGAUAUAUAUAUAUAUAUGUAUGUAUUUAUUUAGUAUUAAUUAAUUUAUUUUUUAUUUUUGUUUGUCAAUACACUUAGUAACUAUUAAAGUUUUACAGCUUUUCAACUUUAUUACAUUUUAUAACUUUACGCGUUUCCAAAAACGGCUUAUAAGCACUUCACUACGUAUAAGAAUAUAAACAUUCAGUUAAAUAUUGCAUAUAUGUACUUAUAUUAUGUAUAUGUAGUUUGUUGUGUUACAAUUAAUUCCCACGAAAUUCAGUCAAUCACAAUAUUAUAACUUUCGUUUAAUUAUACGUACUUUAAAUAAAACGAACUUUUUAAUCAUAUAUUUAUUUAGCCACAAAAGUUGAUUAUAAUUUUCACAGUUGAUAGUGCGGAAUUUCUUUAGACUGAACUGUCGAUACAAAAUCAUUGAGAAACCAAUUUUUUUUAUCAACACUAUUGUCCGGAUUUUUUGUUUGCACAGAGACGAUAUGUAAUUUAUUAUUUCUUCAAAAAAGAAAUAAACAUAUGGACAAGGCAACUGAGACCAAAUAA